GACAUACGAUGCUAAUAAUACCUGGGGUUGGUCAUCUUUCUGCUAAUAGGAUGGUGAUACGGUCUAUCCGUCCUCGAACUGCUAGCUCGCGAGAAUGUCGUGAUUUUGGCCAUUUCAUCUUCCGUUCCAACUUUUUUGCUUGUGAUUUGCGGUUGCUGCUUUGUCCUUGAGAAGCGCAUAGAUUGAAUGGAACACGAAUCGUUUUGCUGGCCGAAGCGACGCAGUGACAUUUCGACGCCACCAUCGAGCGCACUCUCCUGAAGACGACACGAAUAUCAUUCCCGACAUCGCGACAGAGCGCGAUUCGUUGAUGCGACAGGAAUAAAGUUAUCUUGAAAUCAUCCGUCCAUUCGCCCACAAUGGAUGCGAUCCACGAGGUUGACCCCGACUCCAAUCCUGGAGAGAGCUUUCCGACCUUCAAUCGAGUCCAUUACGGCCUCAACGUCGACACCGAGAAUGCGUCCUCCCCGCCUGCUCUCCGUCGCCUCUCGCGCUCAGACACGACCGUCCAUCGCGAGCCCUUCUCGCCUCUGCGCCGCCGGCGAAGCACCCGCGCCGCGACAUUCAGAGCAAUUGACGAUGCGGAUGAUUUCGAUUUCGAUGCGACCUACACUGAGCGGCCGGGCUGGGAGCCGGGCUCUGAGCCCGGUUUCGAUCCCAAUUUGCCAGAUGGAGGACAUGCCUCGAUGCCGCAGCUGAGCGCGAAUUGCGACAUUACGGUGGUGGAUUUCUCAAAGGACAACAUGGUCAAGAGACACUUUGACAAUGAAUCGUUUAUUGCGUUUCUGACGCAGCCAAAGGAGAAGUGGGCCAAGUGUCGGUGGAUUAAUGUCAAUGGCUUGAGUUGGGAUGUGAUUCAGGCGAUUGGCGCGCAUAAGGGCUUGCAUAAGCUUGCGUUGGAGGAUAUCAUGAAUAUCAGGAACAGAACCAAGGCUGAUUGGUAUCCAAACCACGCCUUCAUCAUCAUGACGCUCCAGAAGCUGGUCCAUCUUGUAGACGACGACGAUAGCUCAUCCGACUCGAGCAGCGUCCGAUCAAGAAAGUCGACCACCAAGGUCAGGAACUUCUUCCGCGGAUUCGGCAGCCGCAAGACCGACAAGGUCCAAAACCCCAGCCCUCCAACGGAUCCAGAGAAGCGCAUCACCACAAAGUGCUUGACGGAACUGUCAGAGAGCCUCGAGCUGCAGGAAACGUCCAUGAUUCGCACCCUGCAGCGGUACCACGCCUCGGGCAACGAGACGCGCACCGACUACAUGGAAGCAAAUUCCAUCCUCGCGCCCCUCAACCUCGCCGUCUCCGCCGAGCAGGUUUCCAUCUUCCUCACGGCCGACAACACCGUCAUCUCCUUCUUCGAGGUCUCCGCCGGCGACAUCGAGCGCCCCAUAGUCACGCGUCUCAGCAACCCGGGCACCAUCUUGCGCGAGUCUUGCGACGCCUCGCUCGUCGUGCAGGCCAUCAUCGAUGCCAUCAUCGACCUGGCCAUCCCGCUCACGGCUGUGUACAAUGAUGUCCUGGGCGAUUUGGAGCUCGACGUCCUGACCUCCCCUAGCAUCAAGCAGUGCAAGAGUUUAUACAUUUGCAUUAGUGAGAUAAACAAGAUGCUGCGCUUUCUCAACCCCAUUGAUAACCUCGUCAACGUCCUGCGCGAUCACAAAACGAACCUCUCUCAUGAAGAGGCUAUCAAGGAGCUCGAGAACCCGGCCAGCGGCGUCAUCGUCACGCCAAUGACGCACACGUAUCUGGGUGACGUGCUGGAUCACUGUAUCAUCAUUACUGAAGCCCUUCACCAGUGCAAGCAGUCGAGUGACAACCUCAUCAACCUCAUCUUUAACACCAUCUCGGCCAACCAGAACGAGAGCAUGAAGCAGCUCACCACCGUCACCAUCAUCUUCCUCCCGCUGACUUUCAUUACUGGAUACUUUGGACAAAACUUCCCGGCGGAGGGAUUUCCGGAUAUUAACCACGGGAUUUGGUACUUCUGGGCAUGCGCUGUCCCGACAGCCUUUGCUACGAUCCUCAUCCUGAUGCGUGAAAUGAUUUAUUCCUGGUUCGUGCGCGUCGUUCAACGGCAGCGUGUGAAGAGCAAUCGCAAGAAGAGCAAGGCGAAGAGGAGAACGAGAGGAUGAGGCUAUUUUUUUCGCUAUGAAUGGAAAUAGAAUACGUGUCUGUUUUUUUGGGCCUGGAUUAGAAGGAAGAGCGACGUUUAUCUCGACAUAGAGGAUCUUGAUAUAGAAAUGGUGGGCAUUAGUAAGAAGUAGUUGAGAUACCCUUGACAAUUCUUUUCUUUGGUGUAAAGCAUGAUGCUUGGUUAAUUUGACUCAAUUUAUUGAUCUCGUUUCAUCUGUC